GGGCAGCUGCGGCAGCGGCGGCGGCGGCAGAGGUACAGGUGCCUCCGCCAGGCGACAGCCGCCUGCCAGCCCGCCGGCCCUGGCCCCAGGCCUUCACGCCCCUCUCCCGCCUCACACUCCGGCCUCCCCACCGCCCGGCCAAAUGCAGGCCGUCGCCCUCCCCGAGGAGAUCCGUUGGCUCAUGGAAGAUGCUGAGGACUUCUUGGGGGAAGGUUUGCGGAAUGAGAAUCUCAGUGCUACUGCGAGGGACCACAGAGACCAUAUUCUACGGGGCUUCCAACAAGUCAAAACUAGGUACUAUUGGGAUAUUCAGCCCCAAGGGGGAGACCAAGCUGAAAGUUACCUUGGACAGGACAGCUCCGAUGAUAAUCAGAGUGGAACUCACCGCCCUUCUCUCACAUCCGAUGCCCCUUUUUUGCCUGAUUAUCAGGAUGAGGGAGUGGAAGACAUCGUAAGAGGAGCUCAAGAACUUGACAACAUCAUCAAGCAAGGAUACUUGGAGAAGAAAAGCAAAGAUCAUAGUUUCUUUGGAUCAGAGUGGCAGAAGCGAUGGUGUGUUGUCAGCAGAGGCCUCUUCUACUACUAUGCUAAUGAGAAAAGCAAGCAGCCCAAAGGGACCUUUCUCAUUAAGGGCUACAGUGUACGGAUGGCCCCCUACCUUCGAAAAGAUUCCAAGAAAGAAUCCUGCUUUGAACUGACCUCCCAGGAUAGGCGCAGCUAUGAGUUUACAGCUGCUAAUCCAGCUGAAGCCAGAGACUGGGUGGAUCAAAUCAGUUUCUUGUUAAAGGAUCUGAGCUCCUUAACUAUUCCAUGUGAAGAGGAGGAGGAAGAGGAGGAAGAGGAAGAGACAUAUGAUGAUAUCGAUGGUUUUGAUGCCCCAAAUUCCGGUUCCCAGUGCAGACCUGUCAUCUUGCCUGGGAGUCUGGGGCCAAAAGAGCCCACAAAGGAGACAGAAGAAGAUAUUUAUGAAGCCUUACCAGAUGAAGAGCAUGAUCUAGAAGAGGAUGAGAAUGGCACUCCACAUAAAGAAGUGGACUAUACCAGUUACUACCAGGGCCUAUGGGAUUGCCAUGGUGACCAGCCAGACGAACUGUCCUUCCAAAGGGGUGACCUCAUCCGAAUUCUGAGCAAGGAGUAUAAUGCGUAUGGCUGGUGGGUAGGAGAACUGAACAGCCUCAUUGGGAUUGUUCCAAAGGAGUAUCUCAUCACUGCCUUUGACAUGGAAGAAAUAUGAAGCCCAGGACACAUAUCCUUGUCUCUGGCCUGCCUUUAUGAAGAAACCGAUCGUCACGAGUUCCUAUCCCCUACCCCAGCCACCCCACCAACACCAUGGACUCUUCUCUUUACUGAAGAGACCCAAGCCUCUGACACCUUGUAGUAAACUGAAAAAACUGCCUUGUGAGACAAGUGGGAAAAGGCACAGUCAGCAGAUCUGUUACUACACCUGCCUUGUCAGAGCUCAUCCCACCUUUAUUUUUUUUCAUCCCGCCUUUAAACAUAUCCACACAUCCACUUCUGCCCUCUCCACAGGCUUGUCACAGAGAAGGUGAGAGAGAAGGAAACCUUUGGAGGAGGAAGUUGCUGAUUGUUUCAUCUGAUUGGAAAAGCACAAAUAAACUUCAUAUUUGGUUCCUGG